CUCCAGUCUGCAGCUAGAUCCUUCUCACAACUGUAGCUUCGGAUAGCCUAUGAACGUUCAAUGAUUGUGACAUCAUUACCGGCUUGUCCUGAGCAAAUUCAGGAAUGGUUGAGGAAACAGAUAUGAAAGCGUUUAUUGCUAGGGCUUUUCAAGUGGAAAGUCUACUGCCUGAAAGAAAAUAUGAUGAUAUAGCGUUCCACCUUGCUUACUUUGAGAGCAUUGAGGUCACAGUUGAGAUGUUGCAACACACUGAUAUCGUCAGAGUUGUUUACAGAGUUCUUAAGAGCAGUCCAGAAGGAGCCUUGAAGAAAAAAGCAAAGUGUUUACUUUCCAAAUGGAAAGCCUUGCUUAGAAAUAAGUGCCUUCAUGUAAAUACUGAACAGGAACAUGGUUAUAUGGAUAAAGACAGAUCUGAGAAUACAGGUGCAGCUCCUGGAAAACAUGUUCAUUGUGAAAAAGAAGUGUUGGUUUUGAGUGGCAUAAGCAGCUCAAAUUGCACAGAGUCUCAUAACCCCCAAUCCCUGAAUAACUCACAAGAAUCCCAUUGUAACAAUUCUGAAUCAGUUCAAGAUUCUCUGUGUCAAAAGAAUAAGAAAGUUGUUGAUGUAUCUUUAAGGACUAAAUGUACUGAUCUCCUAGGCAAGGCUUUGGAAGACCCAACAGAAUGCCAGGAUAAAGCCCACAAUAUUGCAAGGCAAAUAGAGGAGAGCAUUUAUGCCCUGUAUUCUGAGAAUGAAAAGAAGUAUAGAACCUGUAUCAGAAGCAAAGUUUCCAAUCUAAAAAACCCUAAAAAUUCCCAUCUAAGAAAAGACAUUUUCUCUGGAGCAUUAAGUUCUGAGGCAUUUGCUAAGAUGAAUGCGAUGGAUAUGGCCUGUGAGGAGCUAAGGAAAAUAAGGGCAAACUACACAAAUGCAUGUGUUCAUGAACAUCAGCUUCCUAAAACUAUGGAUGGACUUCAAACCAAUAAAAUCAAGUGUCGUAGAUGUGAACAGUUUAACUGCACAGUGACUAUGAUUUCCAGAGGCACACUAUUUCUCCCUGGUUGGGUGCGCACAGGAAACCCUGAUGAAGAAAUGAUGACGUUUGUCACUUGCAAUGAAUGUGGGGAAAAAUGGUACCAUAGCCGCUGGAUCUGCUUGUGAUCCAAUUUAGCAUAUUCAUUACAUUUCUUCAAUCUGGAAAGUUUUCAAACCAGAUGCUUAGCUAAACAAAUGUGUCUAAGAAUAAUAAUAAGUGUUAAUAUAUAUGACCGGUAUAUACAUUUCGAUUUUAGGAUUAUUUAUUAUGCAUAUAGUGCAAAUCUAUUUAUCACAAUACAGUAGAUAUGUAAGCGGUUCUUCAUGUUGUAAAUGUUUCUAGAUCUAACAAUGUAAUCAUAUAGGUUAAUAUACCUUUAAGUUUUUUAAAUAAAUAGAGGUGUGGCCAGGUAAACAGGUAUGCACGAAAUGUGUUUGCAGAUGUAUCUGUUCACACUUGUUUGAUUUUAUAUGUGCCAAAUACCUUUUUGGUUUAAAUAUGAAGCAUUAAAGUAUAUGGAUUUUA